CCCGCCGGCCGUCCCCGCCGCCCCCGCCGCUCCCGGGCCCCGAUGGACUGAAUGAAGGCUGCCUACACCGCCUAUCGAUGCCUCACCAAAGACCUAGAAGGCUGCGCCAUGAACCCGGAGCUGACAAUGGAAAGUCUGGGCACUUUGCACGGGCCGGCAGGCGGCGGGAGCGGCGGGAGCGGUGGCGGGGGCGGCGGGGGCGGCGGCGGGGGUCCGGGGCAUGAACAGGAGCUGCUGGCCAGCCCCAGCCCCCACCACGCGGGCCGCGGCGCCGCGGGUUCGCUGCGGGGCCCGCCGCCGCCGCCACCACCCACAGCGCACCAAGAGCUGGGCACCGCGGCGGCGGCGGCAGCGGCGGCGGCAUCGCGCUCGGCCAUGGUCACCAGCAUGGCCUCGAUCCUGGACGGCGGCGACUACCGGCCAGAGCUCUCCAUCCCGCUGCACCACGCCAUGAGCAUGUCCUGCGACUCGUCCCCUCCUGGCAUGGGCAUGAGCAACACCUACACCACGCUGACACCGCUGCAGCCGCUGCCGCCCAUCUCAACCGUGUCCGACAAGUUUCACCACCCGCACCCGCACCACCACCCGCACCAUCACCACCACCACCACCACCACCAGCGCCUGUCGGGCAACGUCAGCGGCAGCUUCACACUCAUGCGUGACGAGCGCGGGCUCCCAGCCAUGAACAACCUCUACAGCCCCUACAAGGAGAUGCCGGCAAUGAGUCAGAGUCUGUCCCCGCUGGCCGCCACGCCGCUGGGCAACGGGCUGGGCGGUCUCCACAACGCGCAACAGAGCCUGCCCAACUAUGGCCCUCCGGGCCAUGACAAAAUGCUCAGCCCCAACUUCGACGCGCAUCACACUGCCAUGCUGACGCGCAGCGAGCAGCACCUGUCCCGAGGCCUGGGCACCCCGCCCGCGGCCAUGAUGUCGCACCUCAACGGCCUGCACCACCCAGGCCACGCUCAAUCGCACGGGCCGGUGCUGGCGCCCAGCCGCGAGCGGCCGCCUUCAUCCUCGUCGGGCUCGCAGGUGGCCACGUCGGGCCAGCUGGAGGAGAUCAACACCAAAGAGGUGGCGCAGCGUAUCACCGCUGAGCUGAAGCGCUACAGCAUCCCGCAGGCCAUCUUCGCGCAGAGGGUGCUGUGCCGGUCUCAGGGGACACUCUCCGACCUGCUCCGGAAUCCAAAACCAUGGAGUAAACUCAAGUCUGGCAGGGAGACUUUCCGUAGGAUGUGGAAGUGGCUUCAGGAGCCGGAGUUCCAGCGCAUGUCCGCCUUGCGCCUGGCAGCAUGCAAACGUAAAGAACAAGAACCAAACAAAGACAGGAACAACUCCCAGAAGAAAUCCCGCCUGGUGUUCACCGACCUCCAGCGCCGCACACUCUUUGCCAUCUUCAAGGAGAACAAACGCCCGUCCAAGGAGAUGCAGAUCACCAUUUCCCAGCAGCUGGGCCUGGAGCUCACCACUGUUAGCAACUUCUUCAUGAACGCCCGGCGUCGCAGCCUGGAGAAGUGGCAAGACGACCUGAGCACAGGGGGCUCCUCAGCCACAUCCAGCACUUGUACCAAAGCAUGACGGAAGGACACUCACUUGGGCACAAGUCACCUCUGAAUGAGGACAACAGAUACCAAAAGAAAACACAAAGGAAAAAGACACCAAAUUCACAGCUGGGGCCCUUCACUGGUGAUUUGAAAGCACAAUUCUCUUAAAAGGAAACUUCUAGCUGUAAUCAUAGGCCAGGUUUUUUUGUCUUGUCUUGUUUUGUUUUGUUUUUAAUGGCUAUGGAGUCCAAGUGCAAGCUGAAGUUAAUCUCUUUAAACCAGACACUGUCCUCUGAGCGUGCUAAGCAUUACAGAAACUCAAAUGGGGCCUUCCUGUAGGAGCUGAUUCCAGUAAGGUGUCACCUAGGCUCAGGAUUGCUGAAAAUAUCAACAGUCCCACUUAAGUUCUGCCAACCUCAUGUCAUCAGAGCCCACGUGAGAAACAGUAAGACUUUAGUCUGUAUAAGGACUCUGAGUUUAGGCUUCCAAGAUGCUUAUGUGAGAGAAGACUCUUCCACCAGAUUGACCUCAUUUGCUUUCCAAGUGCUUAGCCUCAAGAUACCACAGUCCACCAAAGUUCACAGCCAUAGUAUGAAAAACAUCAGAAAGGUAAUUACUGAGCACAAGUUUAAAUAUGGAAGUUAAAAAAAAAUCCAAGGACCUGUUUUUCCAACCCAGGCAUCUGUUUUCAUUGAGUAGCUUAGAAAACUUUAAGUUGAUUCAGUUUACAAUUUUCUUUACCUCCUGGAAAUCUCACAUGGUCUUGGAUCUGUCCAAAAACAAAUCAGUUUACUUGAGCUCAAAGUAUCAAGCACAACAAAAGGAAACAGAAAUAAGAAAGGUUCUGGAUUUACCACAUCUGGGUUUUCAAGGAGCCUAUUGUGAAGUCAUUGGAGAGUCACUGGGAAUAUGGCUUCAAGCACACUUCGCAGUUUGAUACAAAUUCUGCUUGUACCUAAUGCGGAUGAACACUCAGGAGGCCAACUGAACUGUUAUGGUACAUGGAGAAAAUGCAACAUUUUAACAGAUCUAGAUAUUUUUAGAGCAUUAAUGUGUCCUUCUUGGUUUAUUAGUCAUGGUUCCUUCUACUGUGCAUUUUGAUCGUCACUCAUUCUCACACUGUCUGAUUUGUGUUGUUCCUUCAUCUAUCCAGUUAGUAGGAACGUUUUCAGUGUUUUCUAGCAAGGAAAAAAAAAUAAUAGACCACCACACAUAUUGCUCAUGACUGUCAUAUAGUCAUAAAUCUCCUCCAUGCUGAAUCAUUCUUGCAGAAUAACUACAUAAAUCUGGAAAGAAGAAAAAAAAUAAAAACACAGCACACCAAAGAAGCAGAAUACUGCAAACCAAAGACAUUUAUUACUUGCCAUUUUCUAGCCUAAAGAUACUGUGAUUACUUUUAGAAAUCAGAAAACCUCUGCAACUCCGAAUGGCAUUCAGCUCUUGCAUUUGGCUCACCAUCAGGCUGAGCGGACCAGCUACACCAAGGACAGUAGCCAAGCUUUGCCACGUCAGCUGUGGUUCCUGGCUGUCACCUUCCAACAGCAAGCAGAAGAGAGUGCCCAUAGAACUCUGGGAGAUUGCAAAGGUCACCAUGUGCAUAUUUACCAGUGAAUGGCCCCAGGUGGGCACGGGGGUGGAGGGUGGUGGUAUUCGAAGCAAGCCAAACGCUGCAAUGAUUCUUUACAGACACUUGAGAAUGACUUUUUUUAUGAAUUACUUAAUCGAAACCAAAGAAACUUUCUCUGCACCUACUUCUGCAACAAACAAAACUGUCCCAUUAAAGUGAAUAAAUAAAUCCGUGAAUCAAUGGAAAUCACCACCAAGAAGGAAGCACGCCAGAAAUAAUUUAAAAAAACAUCAAAACCAAAAAAAAAAAAAAAAAAAAAAAAAAAACCAA